AUGUCUGCACUACGGAUCCUCGUGCCCAUCAAGCGGGUAAUUGACUACGCGGUGUGUGUCAAUUGGGCCUUCUACGGCCUAAUGGUGAAACCGCGCGUCAACAAGGCCCAGACGGGUGUGGAGACGGCCGGCGUAAAGCACUCGAUGAACCCUUUCGAUGAGCUCUCCAUCGAGGAAUCCGUCCGUAUCCGCGAGAAGAAAACUGCGCCCGGCGGCGUGGAGGACAUCUGCGUUAUCUCGGCCGGACCCCCGAAAGCGCAGGACGUGCUGCGCACAGCCAUGGCCAUGGGCGCCGACCGCGCUAUCCAUGUCGAAGUCAAGGAAGGAGACGACCUCGAGCCCUUAGCCGUGGCCAAAAUGCUGCGCGCUGCCGUCGACAAGGAGAAGAGCAACCUGGUUAUUUUAGGCAAGCAGAGCAUUGAUGAUGAUGCGGCGCAGACGGGGCAGAUGCUCGCGGGGUUGUUGGGGUGGCCGCAGGCUACGCAGGCUAGUCAGGUCAAGUUUGGGGAGGGGGAUAGUGUGUUGGUUACCAAGGAGGUGGAUGGGGGCGUGGAGACGGUCAAGGCGAAGUUGCCUAUGGUCAUUACGACGGAUUUGAGGCUCAAUGAGCCGAGGUAUGCGAGUUUGCCGAAUAUUAUGAAGGCAAAGAAGAAGCCAUUGCUCAAGAUGAGCUUGAGCGAUUUGGGGGUGGCGAAUGAGAGGCGGUUGAAGAUUGUCAAAGUCAUUGAACCCGCCCCGAGACAAGGCGGCGGUAAGGUUGAGGAUGUGGAUGGUUUGAUCUCCAAGCUGAAGGAACUAGGUGCAUUAUAG